AUGGCUUCGCAAAGUGUUUCCAUGCCUUCCCUCUCAUCAAAACCCGAAGCGGCGCCCGUCACGACCGCGAGCUCCAACACAGCAGCGGCAAAGCCCAAGCCGUGCUGCGUGUGCAAAGACGAGAAAGCGACCCGCGACGAAUGCAUGCUGUUCUCGAAAUCGAACGACCCGGCUAGCGAUUGCAGGAGCACCAUCGACCAGUACCGGAGUUGCAUGGCUGGAUUCGGGUUCCAGGUCUAG